GAGCCAACACAGUUUACUGUUCGCUGUUUGGUGUUCGCUAACUCGCUCGCUGCUCGCUAUCAAAAGCGCCCAUUGGAGUCAUUCGCUUUACAUAGACAAUUCAGUUUCAGUUGAAGCGUGUUUACGAACGGUUCGUUUCGUUUGACGAUUACGCGUGGUGUUUUAUAGUGGUGUCUCCUUCGUAUCCGUAUCCGUGUAUAAGCUGUUUUUCGCAAUCGAAAACGCAAUCGCAAGUUCGCAAAUCGCACGCUAGCUAGCUUAACCUCACUCGUCGUCGUGCACGGUUCGUUUUGUAACCAAAAAUAAAGAAAAAAAUUAAAAUAAAGAAAAAAAAAUUUAAGCAAAAUUACAAAGAGCAUAAAGCAUACGAAAUAUUAUUGAAAGAUACAUGCAUUUAUGUAUGUAUAUAUAUUGUGCAAACAUAUUUUGCAAAUAAAUACAUAUUUGCAAUUAACAAGAAUGUGUUUGGCUAGAAAAUAGCAGAAAAAAAAUUCGUUUGUGAAAAUAAAAGUGUUUAUAAGUGUUAUACUUUUGUGCGCGUUUAUUCGUAAGCCAACUCACUCGGCCGCCCAUUUCCUUCCAGUACCGCACUUGGAGCGUAUGGAGUACCCUUAAACGGUGCAGCUCACACAAGCAGCUUUCGGUGACUUCAAAGUCAACACCAACGCAUUUUUAAAUAUACAGCAACAACAACGUCAGCGGAGAUGAAAAACUUGAAAAAAAGCUUGGCGGAAAAACAACACUGCAGCGCUUUGAAACAAUAGAAAAAAAUUAAAUAAUCGAGUAUCGCGGCAAACGUAAUCGAACACUUGUUUAAAAUUAGUGAAAAAGAAAAUAAGGAAAAAAAUUUAAAAGAGUAGUACACGCAGUGUUUGAAAACAAAAAAGUUGCGAAAGUAAACAAAUAAAGGGAAAAUAAAAAACAAAGAAAUAAAAAAUUUUUUUAAACAAAACUUUUGUCGUUUGUCAGGCUUAUAAAAAGUAAUAAAGCAAACGAGAGCGAGAAAAGCGCUAAAAAAAGAACAAAAAUAAAUAUAGAAAUAAAUAAAAAUAAAUACAAACAGCUGCGAGUAAGCAAAAGUGUGUAAACAAGGCGUGGUGGCACAGAACAGAGGUUUUGAUAAAUACAUAAGAAUAGCAACAACAAUUCCAUAAGCGUUAAAACAGCCUCAACUCCAAACGCCAAACGCGUUUAACCAAAGCGGAAGCGACUCAUUUCUGCGCUUGCAUAUCAACAUAUAGGUGUGUGUGUGUGUGUGUGUCUGUUCGAUUUUCUUUUUUCGCAUUUCCAUUUCUUCGUUCAUUUGACUUCUUUGCCCAAUUACAAUUUCACUGUCAGUAUCUGUUGCCGUCUGCAGUUCAGAGCAAGUUCAAUCGAACGUGAUUCGUGUGUACGCGUGUAAUUUCAUUGUCUCUGUCAAGAGUGCGACGAGCGUUUCAAAAUCAUUAGUGAAAUUUCCGAAAAGCGUGAAAAAUUAAAAACGAAAUAAAUGCAAAAAUAAAAAAUAUAAAAAAAAAUUAUUAAAUACGUGACAGAAUAACGUGAUUUCGAUUAAUAUAUUUUUUGUUUGUUUGUUGUAUAUUAGGCCCAACAAGUAGUUAAACGUUUGUGGAGUCAUUAUUUUUGCGAAUGACGUCGCAUUAAAAAAAAAAAACAAGAAAAAAGACUAUUAAAAAAAUCAGUGAAUAACAACGGAAAAAAUAUUUAAUGAACUAAAAAAAAAUUAAAAAAAAAAUUUUAAUUAAAUCAAAAAAAAAUUUAUUAAGCACACUAAAAAGCCCAGGCUAUUUAAUCAACCCUUUCACUAAAACUAUAAACUCAAUAUCUCUUAUUUGUUAUGCCAUGCACUACGCUUGUAGCGUCACUUCACUCUUAAGCGUAAGAUCUCAAUUUUACUCCGAGUAUUAAAUAGAAGAUAUUCAACAUUUAAACAGGUUGACGAUUUACUAUUUCAUUCAUUGUGAUACUCAUCAAUAAUUUGAAAAGCUGGAAUUGUUGUCAACACCCAUUGUGUCGCCAUCAUUGUCACGCAGGCGUUUUCAAUACAACAGUCGCCAUUGUCACGCUGUGCGAAAAGUGUCCUUCGAAAAUACUAACAUACCAACAUAGAAACUCGUGCAAUUUUUUAUGUUGAUUGCGUUUAUUUUAUUCUGCCGAAAAAUUGCUUGUAAUUCGCUGCUUUAAUUUAAAGCAAAUCGUCAACUAAUUUCCGCUGAACAAUGCAUUCGAAUGCAGGAGAGCAGUGAGAUUUUGUAACAACAACGGCAACAACAAGCAUAUUAAUUAUAAUUAUUCAUUAUUUUUUACCUCAACUUUGCUACGAAAAAUCCCGCACGCAUGUGGCAACAAAGUGCAACGCAACAACACCAACAACACACUGUUUUAAGUAAUAGAAUAUUUCGAAUAACAACAACAAGUAUAUCAAAAGUGUCAAAAAAUUGCCAAAAACGGAAUUGAUAAACGCAAAAGCCAAUAACAACAACCAACCUUUAUUCCCACUUUACUCCCUCCCCCUCCCCCUUGAACGGAAAAGGCACGUACGACAUUCGUGUCAACGGCAACUAUGCAUUUGACACAUAACAGCAACAACAACAACAACAGCAGCAGCAACACCGAUGAUGAAUGUGCCAGUUCAAUAUCAUCAGUAAAGGCGACGGCGACAACGGCGUCGACCACAGCAGCACUUGCAAAUAUUUGCCACACACGUUGCAGUGAAAGGCAGGGAAAUGAGCAACAACAACAACGACCACAAAACCUUUUGCGACCAGGCGUUGGUGUGAGUGGGCACAGCAAGCUUAGUAGCCACAGCCCAGUGGGGGCAGAAAAUGUUGCACAGCAACAACAACAAAAAUGGUGUCACCGCCCACGGGUGUCAGCAGCAACACUUGCACAGCGGGCAACGAAAACAACAACAGCAGCAAUAGCGCGUAUAGCAAGCGGCAAGCGUAUGUUGCAUGCUCAUAGCAACAAUAAACUGUCAACUUUUCUACAAAGUAGCAAUUUUUUUACAUACGCCUUUGUUGUUGUCAUAUUUUUAAGCAGCUACAGUGUGACAGGUGUGAGUGCAAGCGAAAAUGGUGGUGGCGUCAAUGAUGCGUUUAGUAACACCGCUGUGUCAACCAUUGAUCAAAUUGUAAAUACGAGUCUCAGCAACAACAAUAACAACAGUGGCAACAGUGACAACAGCGGGAUUGUUAAAGAUGCAACUAACAGUAAUUAUCGUGAUACGCAAAAGCACCGCACAACGAACGCCUAUCAAUAUGAUGUAAUUAACAACAAUAACGGUAAUAAUAUUGAUAGUAAUAAAAACGGCAAUAACAACAAAAACAACAACAACAACCAGAAGGGCACAGCUGUCGACAUCGUACUAAGUGAUUAUAGUGAAGCCUUCGCAAGCCUGGUAGCCGCGGGUCCACUAAAUGACACAGACAACAACAACAACAAAGGCAGUAGUAGUAGCAGCAGCGUGUAUAGUAUAGCUACUGGGCAUGAUAGUGAGUUUGCAUCCAACAUUAGUGAUAGCAUUAAAAGAAAUUUUACGGCCACUCCCGUUGGCGAUGACGAUGUUGCGCCGCCGUUCGAUUUGCACGAUGAGCUAUUGGACAGUCUGCGUGGCACGCAUAGUUUGCCACAGCAACCAAUGUAUACGAACGACUUUGCGGUACACAUACCAGCUGGCGGACAAAUUGCCAAUAUAAUUGCCGACAAAUAUGGAUUCAUUAAUAGAGGACAGGUUGGCGCCCUUAAAGACUAUUAUCUUUUUCAUCAUCGAAACGUCGCCAAACGUUCAUUGCGUUUGAGUAACGAACACCAUAGCGCCUUAAAUUCUGAACCAGAGGUCCGAUGGAUGCAACAGCAACAUGAAAAGUUGCGUAAGAAACGUGAUGGUUCCUAUACCACCUUACCCGGCUAUAGUCCCUAUGAUGUGAUAAGACCAGGUGCUGGUUUCAUUGGUGCACCUGGUUCCCGCCUUACAUAUCAUCCAACAGCGUCGGCGCGUAGUAGUUCACCAUUGCUUUCACGUGCAUCACGCAUUCAGUAUCGCGCUGUCACAUCACACAAUAUAUUUCCCGAUCCUCUAUUCAAGGAACAGUGGUAUUUGGUGAGUGAUAAUGGUGGCGCCAAAGAUGGUCUUGAUAUGAAUAUCGGUCCUGCCUGGCAGAAAGGUUACACUGGCAAAGGCGUUGUCGUUUCCAUACUCGACGAUGGCAUACAAACGAAUCAUCCUGACCUUGCGCAAAACUAUGAUCCCGAUGCGUCUUUCGAUAUAAAUGGCAAUGACUCCGAUCCGACGCCACAAGACAAUGGUGAUAAUAAGCACGGUACUAGGUGCGCCGGAGAAGUGGCGGCGGUUGCGUUCAAUAACUAUUGCGGAGUGGGAGUGGCUUACAAUGCAAGUAUUGGAGGCGUCCGUAUGUUGGAUGGUAAAGUGAAUGAUGUUGUCGAAGCGCAGGCUUUGAGCUUAAAUCCAUCACAUAUUGACAUCUACAGUGCCUCAUGGGGUCCCGAGGACGAUGGCUCAACGGUGGAUGGCCCUGGGCCAUUGGCACGGCGCGCUUUCAUUUAUGGCGUAACUAGCGGACGACAAGGCAAGGGUUCGAUAUUUGUUUGGGCAUCGGGUAAUGGUGGUCGCUAUACGGACUCGUGCAACUGUGAUGGUUAUACGAAUUCGAUUUUCACACUGUCCAUUUCGAGUGCAACGCAAGGCGGCUUCAAACCCUGGUACCUUGAGGAGUGCUCUUCUACGCUAGCCACCACAUACAGCUCCGGCACGCCCGGCCAUGAUAAGAGUGUAGCCACCGUAGAUAUGGAUGGUCGUCUGCGACCCGAUCAUAUCUGCACCGUGGAACACACUGGCACCUCCGCCUCUGCUCCGCUCGCCGCCGGCAUUUGCGCGCUAGCACUGGAAGCUAACCCCAAUCUCACCUGGCGCGACAUGCAAUAUCUUGUCGUUUACACUUCACGACCGGGACCAUUGGAGAAGGAAAGUGGCUGGAUAUUGAACGGUGUUAAGCGUAAGUACAGUCACAAAUUUGGUUAUGGCCUCAUGGAUGCUGGCGCUAUGGUGAGUUUGGCUGAGCAAUGGACAACGGUGCCGCCACAACACAUAUGCAAGUCACGUGAAAAUAAUGAGGAUCGUAAAAUUGAAGGCUCUUAUGGCUACACGCUAGCCACUCACAUGGAUGUGAAUGGUUGUGCUGGCACGAUCAAUGAAGUGCGCUAUCUGGAGCAUGUGCAGUGUCGCAUUACGCUGCGUUUCUUUCCACGUGGCAAUUUGCGCAUUUUGCUCACAUCGCCAAUGGGCACGACCAGUACGCUGCUGUUCGAGCGUCCACGUGAUAUAGUGAAAUCAAACUUUGAUGAUUGGCCUUUCUUGAGCGUACACUUCUGGGGUGAGAAGGCAGAGGGUCGCUGGACUUUGCAAGUGAUAAAUGGUGGUCGGCGUCGUGUCAAUCAACCGGGCAUACUCUCCAAGUGGCAAUUGAUCUUCUACGGCACAGCAAUGCAGCCAAUGCGAUUGAAGAGUGAUUUAAUGCAACAGCAAAUGCGCGUCUCUGCAGGAGUCAAUCCUUACACUUAUCCCACUGAGUCGGAUUUGGGGCAGCCCACAAAUGAUGGCGGUUACUAUAAUGCCGAUCAAUUUGCUGGCUAUUUAAAUUUCCAAAAUUUAUUCACCGGCGCCGGUUCAAAUCCAGAGCAGGCGGUCGCCACGGUGGACGGUCAUAAUAUACCAACGCCACAACGUCAGAACGUCAUGGCGGACUCGAAUAAUAAGCUCGUAUUGCAUGAUUGUGAUCCAGAAUGUGAUUCGCAGGGAUGCUACGGUCGCGGCCCGACGCAGUGUGUCGCCUGUAAACAUUACCGCCUGGAUAACACGUGCGUUAGCCGGUGCCCGCCACGCUCUUUUCCCAACCAGGGUGGGGUCUGCUGGCCCUGCCAUGAAUCCUGCGAAACUUGUGCAGGCGCUGGUCAAGACAGCUGUUUGACAUGUGCACCUGCACAUCUACAUGUCGUUGAUUUGGCUGUGUGCCUGCAAGUUUGUCCCGAUGGAUAUUAUGAAAAUUAUGAUAACAAAACUUGUGUGCCAUGUGAAGCUAAUUGCGCCUCCUGUCAAGAUCGUCCCGACUAUUGUACGAGCUGUGAGCAUCAUUUGGUCAUGCACGAACAUAAAUGUUACUCCGCCUGUCCAUUACAUACGUACGAAACGGAAGAUUAUAAUUGCGCAUCAUGCCAUUCAUCUUGUGACACUUGCAACGGUUCCGCCGAAUCGCAAUGCAUCACUUGUCGUUCUGGUCGCUUUGCAUUUGAUGGCAAAUGUUUAAACAAUUGCCCGGAUGGUUACUAUGCGGACAAAAAACGUCAGGAAUGUGUUGCCUGCCCUACCGGUUGUGCAACAUGUAGCAGCAAUGGCUUUUGCUUAACAUGCCAUGAAAAUUGGACGCGCAACAAGAAGGGCAAAUGUAUUACAACGGGCAGUGAGAAUUGUGAUGAAUCUGAAUACUACGACAACAAUCACUGUCAUCCCUGUCAUUCCACCUGUGAAACCUGCGAUGGACCCACCGAAUCGAAUUGCCUUUCAUGCCCACAAAGUCUACUCCUACAAUCGAGCCAUUGUGUAAGCAGCUGCGAUGAUGGCUUCUACAUGGAAGCUGGUGUUUGCGCCAAAUGCCUGCACACGUGCACACAAUGCGUGUCACGAAUGAAUUGCACCGCCUGCGCCAAAGGAUUGCAGCUGCAGAGCGGCGAAUGUCGUACAACCUGUGCUGAUGGCUAUUACAGCGACCGUGGCACCUGUGCGAAGUGUUACCUCAGCUGUCACACCUGCAGUGGACCGCGUCGCGAUCAAUGCGUACAGUGUCCGGUUGGCUGGCAGUUGGCGGGCGGCGAAUGUCAUCCCGAGUGUCCGGAGGGUUUCUACAAGUCGGAGUUUGGCUGUCAAAAGUGUCAUCAUUAUUGCAAAACUUGUAACGGCGCUGGUCCUUUGGCCUGCACAUCCUGCCCGCUGCACUUCAUGCUCGACGGUGGUCUGUGCAUGGAGUGCCUGGGGUCACAGUACUAUGACUCACCCACACAAACGUGCAAAACUUGCCACGACUCGUGCCGCUCCUGCUCUGGCCCCGGCCAGUAUUCAUGCAAAACGUGCGCUUUCCCAUUGAAUUUGGAUCGUUUGAAUAAUCAGUGUGUACCCUGUUGUCCCACCGAUGCGUCACCGGAGGAUCAAUCGUGCUGUCAUUGUGAUAAGGAUACGGGCGGUUGCAUUAACGCUUCACCGGCGGGCAAACGCCGCAUUGCAGCCGCGGCUGAGCAACAACAAUUUGGUAAUGUUUAUCGUGGUGGCAGCGUAUUCGCUGGCCUACCGGAUGAGGAGAGCGUCAAGGAUAGCAUUUUUACACCAACACUCAUCACACCGUUCUCGUUUUGUUUAGCCUUGGUGUCCGUAUGUGUGUUUGCAACCGGCGGUACUAUGUUUGUAAAUAAAACAUGUCGCCGGAGGAAGACUUAUUCGAAAUUAGAUCGGGAAAUGGAUGAAGUCGAAGGCAUAAAUGGAAUUAAAGAGAGCCUACUCAAAUCCCAUGCUGAAUCAAAUUUGAACGACUAUCAUGAUGAAGAGUACGAAGUUUAUCGUGAUGACGACGCGACAGCGAAGGAAAGAGAGCAAGAUGACCAAGUGAAUGAACUGGAUGUGCCAACGAUUGGUUACAAAGGCAUCAAAGCGUUAACAGCUGCAACAACGAAUUCAACGCAGGCAGCAGCAGCAGCAGCAGCAGCAGCAACAACAACAACAACAAUAAUCGAUUCAAAUCGCAUCAAAGAGACCCGUAAGCUGAAACAAACGGCAAAUUUAAUGAAUCUUACAGUUACACCAACAAAUAAUGUCUACGUAGAAACGAAAAAUAAGCUGAAUAACGAAGAUUUGCGUCAGGCACGCCAAACCAAAAACAACAACAGCAACUACUUGGCCCAUGUGAAUGUGAAUGUGAAUGCGAACAGUCAACACCAACCCAGUGGGCCGAGUGGACAAAGUGGCCAUAGUAUGAGCUACCUCAGUCGAUUUAUGCCAACCACAGCUGCGAAGUGUUAUGAACUACUACCACAAGCGACGUCAAACGCUGCCGAUAUGCACAGCACGGCGACGUCGGGCAAUGUCAAUGCAAGGACAUAGAAAUGGGAAUCGCUCAUUGAUGUGCGUUGCUCAUAACUAAUUCAUUCGAAUUAAUGUGUGAGUAAAAGCAUGUAAGUGAAAUUGCGUUUGUGAUUGUGUAUAAAGCGUAAAUGAAAAUGUGAAAGGGGAAAAAAAUAGAAAAACAAAAAACUAUGUAAAAAAAUUAGUAGUUAAAAACUAUUUAUUAGUAAAAAAGGAAAAAUGAUUUAAACAUACAUGCGUACAUAUGAACAAAAAAUUUACUAAAAAUAACGUAAGUCAAGAGGAAAAUAAAAAUUUAUAAAAA